AUGAUCAAACGUUAGUUUGAAAGCACAUAAAUUCCAGAUACAGUACUGCAAUCUAGAAGAGCUUUUAGCCAAGAAGAAUAAUUAAAGGUUCCCCAGUCAAUAAUUAACGGAGGGCAAUAAGCAACUGAAAAGGGACUAUUACUCAAAAUCGAGGAUAACGUUAAGAAAGAUUAUGAAGCAAUUGAUGAGCAGAAUCAAAACUACCUCUAAGUCACUGAGAUUAAAAAUGUGUAUCUAAAAAAAGAUCCUAAGCGAGCUUAAAUUGAGGUACUCUAAGGUCGAUAUAAUCUUAGAAUGAAUUAAAAUCUGCCAUUUACCUGCAAAAUACAGCAGUUUUCAAAUGAGCCAAUGGCAUAUUACUUGUUUAAAAAGAGAGAUUUUAUGCAGAGACUCUAAUAAAAAGAACUUACUAAAAAGGAAAAGGAGGAAUUAGAGUUUGAAGAGCUGACUAGGAAACUUAUGGAAGACAGUAGUGGAAUCAGAAAUAAGAAAUUUCAUGAGUACAUUAAGAAAAUAAGAAAAGCAAUAUGGUUAAAGAAAAUGGCAAAUUAGAAAAAUAGUAAAUUGAAAGAUAAUAUUGAUGAAGAUGCCAAAGCAUUCAAAGAUUUAGAUGGUAUAUUAGAGUAGAGUCCUGUUUAGGAGGCAUAGUAAAAAUAAAGGAAGCCUUUGGGAGUAAUUAUGCAGUAAAUAAAGCAAGCUAAAUAUGCUAAUUUAUAGAAAGCACUGGAAAUAAAGAAGAACCAAUGUAUUAUCAAUUAUUAGCAAGCAAAUUUGAAUAAGACAUAGGAUCAGAUACAAGAGCCAAAUUAAUCUAGUAUUGUAUUCAAUAUGGGUGAAAGCUUUCCCAAAGAAGAAUUUAAAAUAAAACUAAAUACGCAAGAGUCAUAAUUCAGACUUAGAGACAAGCUUGGACAAGCUUCUUAAGAAACUUUGAAAAGCUAAUUAAAUCAUACUAACAAGACUUCAGAUGUGAAUCCAUCAAAUAAGAAACACAUAGAUGUAUCAACAAAAGAUACCUCGAAAGUAAUCACUUCUCCCACAUAGAGCAAGACUAUUUUUAAAUUUCCAAAACUCAACCAUUAAGCAAUUUCCAGAAAUCUUGAAAGAAGUAUGAGUCCUUUCAAUGUAAAGAGCAAAUAUAAUACUUUUGUCACCAAUAAAAACUCAAAUUUAAACAGAUCUCUUCAAAAUUUUCAUUCAAUUUCAGAAAACUCUGUUUCAGAGGAUUUAAACUUAGAUGUAUCAAGGAAGAGUGUCGCUUCAAAUUUGAUUAAGAUUAAUAAGAACUUAUCUCACGAGCAUAUUAAAGACUAUGAUAAAGAUCGAUAGAAUGCCAGAAAUAUAGUUAUUAAUUGUGAAAAAAGUCAUUAAAAGAUUAAGAAAAACUUUAAGACUUUUUAACAGUCUAUUAAGUAAACUAACGAUUACACUGACAGUAUAAAUCUAGUGUCAUAAACUAUGAAGGAUAUUGAAAAUUCUCCAGGACCUUAGUUAGGGGCAACCUUUGUUUACUAAAAAAUGAUAUAAAAGGAAUAGUACUAGGAAGAAUAAUAAACUUGUUAUGAUUAUAGAUCUGCUUAGAUAGACCCAUCUAAGCUAUUGACAAAGUGGGAAAGAUAACUUAAACAUAAAAAAUGA